AAAACAUGGAUGCGCACUAGGCUCGAGGUAACGAGACCGAACACGCACAGUUCAACGCGUCGCCAGGCCAAAUCUCGCGCCGAGGGUGGAUGCGACCAUGGUAGUAUAGUCAGGAACCCAAUUGCGCCAAGAUGGAAACCUCGGCGCCCAAAAGACGCAGAACAUCGCCGCGGACCGCAAUCCCAAUCCAACCUGCCGAGGAGUCGGAGUCGACAACACCGCAAGAUGCCCCGCCACGCCUCUCUGCCUCACCAACUCGACCCUCGUUUGCGUCGCCAACUAGGGCAAGUCUAGGCAGAUUCAACCCCGAGGUUCUGAGACGACGGGAAGCUCAAACUAGGAGACUGCGCUCCUCCCCUCCGGAUGCCCCUGGUUCUGCACCGCGCGCCGUCACUCCCGAUAGCACCGGGAGUCUAGCCCGGGCCUUGAGGACUCGCCUUGACUUACGUUCUGCAGCCCGCGAUGGCGGUGCCCAACGAGGCCCGGAAGAGGGCAGCAUUUUGCGGUCUCCGCCGAGACGGCUGGGGCCCACCCACGCGUCGACGACGAGGCCAACUCCCAGACCACUCCCACCGCCUGGCCCUGAUGACGACGAAGAGAUUUUGAAUUCUAUUGCUAGACGCGGCCUACGACGAACUAAUCUUGGCGUGCUCCCAGAGGUUGUUGUUCCAGAGCCGGAGCUACCCCCAACGCCGGAGCACCCUGAUCCCGUUGUCAGCACGCCCCCAUCUGGCAUACACAACACGCCCUCGAGGCGACCAAGGCGGAACAAGAGCUUGGCCGAGAACAUUAAGAGCUCCUCGCCCCUGAAACCGCCCCCCUCGCGCCCCCCUGGACUGCCUCGAAAAGGAGCGCCACCAGAAUUCCAUCUUCCUGUCAGAGAGGAUCAGGCAGCGGCUGCUCCAGCACCAACCACUGCCGAGCUGCGCGGUCUCAAACCCCCGGAUCCAGACGCCGAGAAAAAGAAGCGUCUCGAUUCUCUCCUCGCCGAGAUCAGCCAACUCGAACGCGACAUAGACAUCGCAAGCAGGGAGAGCGAACGCAUCCACCAAGCCCACCUCGCCAAACGCGAAGCUUCCCCUCCCCCCAACAAACACGAAAUCCUCGACUUCCUCCGCCGCACCAUUCUGCCGCCAGAAGAACCGGAUCACGACGUACAGUCCCAAUCAACAGAUCUGCUCGCCUCGGCCCUUGACCCGAUCGCCUUCCUCCCCUUUAGCAAGCCCAAGCCCGCUGCACCACCAGUACCUGCACCCCAACCCCCGAACACGGAAAAAGAAACUCCCAAGCUCACCGACCCCAUUUCCCACCGCCCGAUCCCAAUGUCCGCCUCCGAAGCCCUCCCUUAUCUGCAGGUCUUCACCCCGCUGACAUUUACCUCGCACAUCUCUCUUAUCUCCGUUCCCUCCCAAACCCACACCACCACCCCCAACUCAUCCGAUACCACCACCCACAUUUUGCUCCAAAAGCACAGCAUAACCGCCAUGUCGUCGUCGUCAUCGUCAUCGCUACGCGGCCUGUUCGCGGCGCGCAUCGAGAUGACUGUCGACCCAUCGACGCUGCGCAUCACGGACCUAUCCGUGCCGCGGCUCGACCCCAGCGCCGCGGGGGAGCUGGCGCCGUUUGUCGAGCAGAUUGUCACUCCACCUCCACCACCACCCGGAGGACGCAGGGACGGUGAGAAGGCGGCGGUGGCGGCGGCUAACAAAGAUGAUGCACCGCGUCGCCGCAGGACGGGGCCGCUGUACCACAACGUGACUGUCCUUGCCUGGGCCAUGGGCGAGUGGCUGCGCGUGGCGGUCCAAAGGGCUAGGGUGUGGCUUGUCCUGGAGCGGGAGUUGCGGUCUGCUGAGGGUGAUGGUGGUGGUGAUAAGAUGGCUGGGUUGGGGGCUAUGGUUGCGAGGUUGAGGGCUAGAGGGGAGAGGAUGGGCAGACAGGGGUGGGGUGGGUGGGGCCGGAGGAGGAGGAGGAGGAGACGGGUGGACGAUGAGGGAGAGGAGGGGCAAGAGGGGAAAAACGGUGAUGAUGAGGACGGGGCUGAAGGCGGGGAGGAGGAGGAUGGUGCGAAAUACGAGGCUGCGGAUCUCCUUCCAUAUAUGGGCCGCACGAAUAUGGAUUAUGAUAUUCCGGUACUCGAUGGCGGAGGAGGGACAGACGAGGGGUCUACCUUGAGAGUGCAGUGGCGGAUCAAGUUUGACUGGACUGGCGAGGCGAGGAGUGAGAUUGGCGUGCUGGUUGGCCUGCCCGGGAAGUGGCAUCAAAGCGACGAGAGAGGCCGGCUUUCCGGAAUUCCGGGUUUAUUUGACGAGCUCAUUCAGGGCGGCGAGGACCCGCUCAAUGCUGUAAGGACGGUGGCUUGUUUGCUUGCGGGGGCCCAAAUGGCAUGA